GGUGCGUGUUCAUCUUAUAACACUUCACUGGAGGCUGUUCGUAUGGAGCAACGGUCCUCUUGAGCUCUAUCUCUUUUUCGAGACAGAGCACACAUGUAUAUCCCUAGCUGGUGCUUGUUCAAACUUAAACCCCUACCCAGGACUUCUAGAAUCCCAUCCAUGGCCUAGAAAGCUCCUUUGAGAAAGUCCGGCCCAGGCAUGCGAGCUAACUACAGGGGAGGGAUAUGCCAGAAACCCUCGACCGUGCUCAACGCACUGGAGAGACUGAUUGCCUACUGGAUAUGAUACCUGGAUACUGGAUACUAUUCUACUUUUUGAAACUGGCAGGAAAACUUAUUACGGGGAGACGACACGUAAUUCGAUAAUUACUAUGGAUCAAAAUCUAAAAGACUAUCAACCAAUUCUUUAAGGGACACAAAUACGCUACUUUCAAAGUUCAAUUUCUUGUCUGUUGGAGGUGGGAGAGCUCUUUUGUUUUGUUUCGUGGGUGGCCUUUACUCGUUUCUUAACUUACCACAUUUCCUCUUUCGCUCCAGCCAGAUUCGCAUGCCUCAGUGAUAGGCAUUCAGCAUAACGACAGCAUAUACUGCUGCUCGUUACUUUCGCAAACUUUAAAAGUGUUUUCUGAAAAGUUGGAAUUGAAGUUAUGUCGUGGCCGCGCCCUGCAAGACCUGGCAGUCCUUCCGGAGCUUUAUUGCCCAUGGUCAACCUUCCAGCGGCGAAUGGCAGAGAGCCAGUUUCAGAGCCAUCUUCGAGACCAAGGUCAAGGGACAGGGCCAAUUCAAAGAGCAGACAUACUCGAUCCUCCUCAGCCAUGGCCAAAGUUAGUGAACGCUCAAUUUCAGCUGAACCAGAAAGGACCCCGACUAAUACGACUAAUGCGCAACAGACAAUAGCAGAUGAAUUUUCCGGUCUUACGCCCGCAGAAACCGCAGAACAAUUACAGACCUCACUCACAUCAGGCUUGACACCUGCAGAAGCUCUUGCUAGAUUGCACGAUCAAGGACCGAAUGAACUUCCCCACGAACCUCCCGAACCAUUGUGGCUUCGAUUUAUUAAGCAGUUCAAGGAAACUUUGAUUUUAUUGUUGUUGGGCUCUGCUGUUAUGUCGGUAAUAGCUGGAAACAAAGAUGAUGCAAUCAGUAUUGCCGUUGCAGUUACAAUUGUGGUCACGGUAGGAUUUGUACAAGAGUAUCGUUCUGAAAAGUCGAUCGAGGCAUUAAAUCAUCUGGUCCCCAAUCAUGCGCAUAUAAUACGAGGAGAAAUGAGAACUACAACACCUAGAACACCUGCAUGGCCCCCUAGCGUCCGAGAUCGUCCAGAGGCGGAAGCAUUGAUGGCAGGUUCUGGAUCUGAUGCGGAUUCUAGUAUGGCAGAAGCUGUGUCACAAAAAACGAUGGCAUCGAAAUUGGUUCCUGGAGAUCUCGUUUUAUUUACUACUGGAGAUCGUAUACCAGCCGAUAUUCGAGUCACAAAAGCUUCAGACUUGACAAUUGAUGAAUCCAAUUUGACUGGAGAAAAUGAACCUGUCCGAAUCACUGCGGAAGCUAGACAUGCCGAUUUUAGACCCGGAUCUAGCUCACUAGAACCACCUACACCCUCUGAUUAUGCAUCUCCUGCCAGCGGAACUGUAGGUGCGGAUAUCUCAUUAAAUAGCACGACCAAUAUUGCUUUCAUGGGAACACUUGUAAGAUCUGGGCAUGGUCAAGGUAUUGUCUAUGCGACAGGUGGAAAUACCCAUUUUGGAACAAUUGCUGCAAGUGUAUCGGAAACGGAAAGCCCUAGGACUCCCCUACAGCUUUCAAUGGACGAUUUAGGGAACCACUUAAGUCAAGCUUCUUUUGUUAUUAUUGCGGUAAUCUCUUUAGUUGGAUGGCUUCAAGGAAAAGCAUGGUUGGAUAUAUUCACAAUUUCGAUAUCCUUAGCCGUUGCAGCUAUCCCUGAAGGUUUACCAAUUAUUGUUACAGUCACCCUGGCUCUUGGCGUACAUCGAAUGGCACGACACAAUGCUAUAGUACGAAAAAUGCCGAGCGUGGAAACUCUGGGAUCGGUAAACGUUGUUUGUAGUGAUAAAACAGGUACCCUCACCAUGAACCAUAUGACUACUGUCAAAAUGUGGUAUUUCGAUGCAGAUGCUCCAUUGGAUGUUGAUUCGGAUGACGAGACGGUAGAAUCCAAAGCCGAUACUGUGGCUCUUCGUAUCCUUCGCAUUGGAAAUAUAGCUAAUAACGCGCGUCUUACUCAUCUUCAUGCUCCGUCAGCAUCCUCGGUCGCUAUUUUAUCCUCUACUCAGGGCCGUGCUUCAGGUCAAGUCUUAAAAAGCAGGUGGGUCGGUCAACCGACUGAUGUUGCGAUGCUUGAUAUGCUCGAUCGAUUUAGAGAGCACGAUGUCCGUGAAGGUCUGGGACAUCGUAUUGGAGAAACUCCAUUCAGUUCUGAAAGAAAAUGGAUGGGUGUUACCAUUGGAGAUUUGGGCCCGGAAGGUACAUCAAGUCCAAAGGAGCAUGCUUAUAUUAAAGGAGCUAUCGAGCGAGUUUUAGAAAGGUGCGAUACAUACCUUACAAAAGACGGUCGCGAAGUUCAUUUGGAUGCGGAGAAGAGACAACAAGCUUUACAAGCUGCCGAAAAGCUUGCCUCUAAAGGACUUAGAGUUCUUGGUUUCGCUAGUGGCCCAGUUGCCAGGCACGCAAAAUCAUUGGUUCCAACAAGCCGAAGUGCAACGCCAGUCUCGAAAUUAGAACACCAUGUAUCUCACAACGAAGACGUCUAUAACGGUCUCACAUUUGCUGGAUUGGUUGGGAUGAGUGAUCCUCCACGAACAGGUGUUUCGAAAUCGAUUCGACGACUCAUGCGGGGUGGUGUUAAGGUGAUUAUGAUUACUGGAGAUGCCGAAACAACUGCCCUCGCUAUUGCCAAGAAACUCGGUAUGCCUAUUGCAGAACCACGUGCUCAUUCAGUAAACUCCGUAGAAGUUAGACCAGUCUUACGAGGUGAUGAGAUAGAUGAGAUGACCGAUGGUGAGCUACAAGCCGCCAUAGCCAAUACUUCCGUAUUCGCCAGAACCAGUCCAGAUCAUAAGAUGAAAAUUAUCAGAGCCCUACAAGCUCGUGGUGAUAUUGUCGCAAUGACGGGUGAUGGUGUCAAUGAUGCACCUGCCCUCAAGAAGGCUGAUAUUGGCAUAUCUAUGGGUUUGCAAGGAACAGAUGUUGCCAAAGAAGCUGCAGAUAUGAUAUUGACUGAUGACGACUUUUCAACUAUUCUCAAAGCAAUCGAAGAGGGGAAAGGAAUUUUCAGCAAUAUUCAAAACUUCCUCACAUUUCAACUUAGCACAAGUGCUGCGGCACUUAGCUUGGUUUUAGUUUGCACGUGUUUGGGAUUCAAGAAUCCCUUAAAUGCAAUGCAGAUCCUCUGGAUUAACAUCAUCAUGGAUGGACCCCCAGCUCAAUCAUUAGGCGUGGAGCCAGUGGAUCCAGAUGUCAUGAAUCGACCACCCCGAAAGAGAAAUGCCCCUGUACUUACAAGAGCAUUGAUAACUCGAGUCCUUACGUCCGCUACCAUCAUCAUGCUAGGUACCAUGGCAGUUUAUACUCACGAAAUGCUUUCAGAUGGCAAAGUCAGUAAGAGGGAUACAACCAUGACCUUUACCUGCUUUGUUCUUUUCGAUAUGUUCAAUGCGUUGAACUGUCGUUCCGAAUCAAAGUCUGUCCUCAGAGGUGAGGUUGGGCUGUUUUCAAAUAAGCUAUUCAAUUGGGCAGUAUCGUUGAGUCUUGGUGGUCAAAUACUAGUCAUAUACUUCCCCUGGCUUCAGGAAGUAUUUCAAACAGAAGCUCUGGCACUUACAGAUCUUGUUGGCUUGGUUAUCUUAACAAGUUCUGUAUUCUGGGCGGAUGAAGCAAGAAAAUGGUGGAAAUCAAGGAGUAGGAGUAGGCUUGGUAGUGGGUAUAGUCAAGUCGUAUAAAUGAAAUAUGGCUUUUAAUGCCUAUUGUAUACAUAGAUUUAGUAUUGCAUAGAUUCCCAAGCGUAUGCAUUGUAGUAAAUAAAAGUAAGGAGAAUUCACAAUGAUUUCAGAAAUUACACGCA